UCCCAUUGGCCCGCACAUUUCCGGCUUCUUCCUCGAGAUUGACAACACAGAUGAAUUCAACACCCGUGACAGUAGUACACAUUUAAAACAGCCUGGGGCUGAUACUAACCCCCACCAAAAAGGGCUUACAACUUUCAGUAACUUCUUAGCCGUGAAGGAUUAACGACAAACCGCCCGAUUGGUGACUAAAGUGGGAUUAUUUGUCUCGGAGCGGAUCGCAGUCAUGAUGGCGUCCAGCUACAACGCCAAGGAGGAAGACGGGCACAUCUCGGGGACGUCGAACCACGGCGGAGCCGGCACCGUGAAGACCAGGAAGCCGGACAACACGGCCUUCAAACAGCAGAGACUGCCGGCCUGGCAGCCCAUCCUGACGGCGGGCACCGUGUUACCAGCCUUCUUCGUGAUCGGGCUGAUCUUCAUCCCCAUCGGCAUCGGGCUGUAUGUCACAUCCAACAACAUCAAGGAGUUCGAGAUUGAUUACACAGGUGUGGAAACCAGCAACCCCUGCUACAACUGUGCUAAGAACUUCAGCUGGAACAGCACAACACCUUGCAACUGCUCUAUGAGCUUCACAUUGGAGCAGCCAUUUGAGAGCAACGUCUACAUGUACUACGGCUUAUCCAACUUCUAUCAGAACCACAGGCGCUAUGUAAAGUCCAGGGAUGACAGCCAGUUGAAUGGUGAUCAAUCUUCUCUGACGAAUCCCAGUAAGGAAUGUGAGCCAUACCGUACAAGUGAAGGACUGCCUAUUGCUCCAUGUGGGGCCAUAGCUAACAGUCUUUUCAAUGAUACUCUUGAACUCUAUCACAUUGAUUCCAAUGGUACCAGGACUCUAGUUCAUCUGGUAAAGAAGGGAAUUGCAUGGUGGACUGACAAGCAUGUGAAGUUCAGGAAUCCUGGUGUCAACAGCAACCUUACUGCAAUUUUCCAAGGCACUGCUAAGCCAGUGAACUGGAGGAAGCCGGUGUACGAGUUGGAGCCAUUGGAUUCUGAAAACAACGGCUUUAUCAAUGAAGACUUCAUCGUGUGGAUGCGCACAGCGGCACUUCCUACCUUUAGGAAGCUCUACCGCAUCAUCCACAAGAAGCCCAACACCACCCCUACUCUACCUAGUGGCAAAUAUGUGUUGGAAGUCACUUACAAUUACCCUGUGCUUAGCUUUGACGGUCGCAAGCGAAUGAUCCUGAGUACCAUCUCCUGGAUGGGAGGCAAGAACCCCUUCCUGGGCAUCGCCUACAUCACCGUGGGCUCCAUCUGCUUCUUCCUGGGCGUGGUUCUGCUCAUCAUCCACCAUAAAUAUGACACCCGAAGCAACAGUGCUGAUAUUCCAAACUGAAUGGUUCCUGUGCUGUUUUCCAGUCUCUGCAUGCAUGGAUGACCCUAAAGGGUCCGUUUUGGACUGCUUGUUAGUUUUAGCUUAGAUACACUGUCUGUCUGUCUGCCUGUGGUGUGACUGGGGAGCAGCAAUUGUUUGUUCAUAGUUACGUUUAUGUGUUGGUCACCUAUGUGUGCAUCUGUAUAUUAUAGUUUCACGCUAGUUGCUAAAGAUGUCCUUCUUUGUUGUCAGAUUUCUUUUUUUUUUUUGGUUUAUUUAUCUGCACAAUAUCAAAGUUCUUAUAUUUAAUUUUAGCAGAGCUUCGUGAAUGGCUUAAUUGAAGGAUCAUAUUCAUUCUUUAAUGGAAAUGAUUGUUGUAUGUUCUGAACCUUGUCCUGCUGAUGAAUGUACUAUAAUAUAUCACGGAUAUACCUCCGGUUCUUGAGAUGACCUUGGUUACAGAGUGGGAUAGUAAUUGCUUGCGUGCUGUUAAUUGUGGCAAACAUUGUUAAAUGAGAAGUAUUUAGUCACUGGAGAUGCCUAUAGAGAAUAUUUGUGAUAAAUACCUGCCUACCACUCUGACCUGGUCUUGUUACUCUUUACACAGCUAGUCUUCCUUAACUGCUACAAAAUACCUGUUGAGGAUGCAACAUUAUGCUGUUCCCUUUUUUUGCCCCCCAGUAUUCAAUCUUUCUUUUGGACACCGUUUCUCCCUAGGUACAGCACCAAUAAAAAAAACAUGACUUUGUAAUAGCUUGGCCUGAGUGUUAAAUCCUCGUAAAAUCUUUAGAGCUGACCAAAUGUUAUGCACUUUACAAAAUAUUUGCUAUACCCCCAUUGUUUCACCUCCAACUUAUUUCAAAUUGGAAAUUAUUGGUUUUUAUAUGGUUUUAAGGGUCCAAUUAAAAAAAACUCUGUCAGUCUGUUGAUGUCAUGUGCAGUGUAAUUACUGUGUGCUGAAAUUAAACUACUCAUUAAUA